GAACCACUAUCAUUUCUUUGUUUCUAACAUAAAGAGUAGUUGAAGCGGACGACAAUAAAGAUCGGCGACACAGAAGAGUCCAAAGUGUUUCUUAAUCUUAUCAACGUAGUUGAUCCUGAGAGUUGAAUCCAGAGUGUCGUGCUGUCAAGAUGCCUGUACUGUACGCCACCGUGGCCCGGGGCACCACCGUGCUGGUCAACUACGCGGCCUGUCAGGGCAACUUCACCGAAGUCACUGACCAGAUCCUGCCCAAGGUCCCCCCAGAGAACACCAAGCUGACCUACUCCCACGAUAACUAUCUGUUCCAUUACACCUCCGAGGACAAGAUUGUCUACUUGUGCAUCACAGAUGAUGAAUUUGAAAGAUCACGAGCCUUCAUGUUUCUUAGAGAAAUUAAAAGAAAGUUUCAAACAACUUACGGAGCACGAGCCUACACGGCACUUCCGUUUGCGAUGAACAGCGAGUUCUCCCCAAUUCUAGCGAAUGAAAUGCGACACUAUUCAGAGGAGACCCCCAUUGAUAGACUGGGCAGUGUACAGGCUGAUGUGGACGACUUGAAUCGCAUAAUGGUCAGAAAUAUCGAAUCACUUUCCAACAGAGGAGAAAGGUUGGAGCUUUUGAUUGACAAAACAGAAAAUCUGGAAACAACAUCGCUGACUUUCAGGAAAAGCAGCAAAACGCUGGCACGAUCCAUGUGCAUCAAGAACUGCAAACUAACAGUCAUUCUGGUGGUUGUAAUAACACUUAUUAUUUACUUCAUCGUAUCGGCUGCCUGUGGAGGACUAGCUUGGCCACAUUGCGUCUGAUAAUCAAGAAUGCACAUCAUUCUAAUGCAUCUCAUUCGCAUCUCAUUAAAUGCCGACUGCUUGAAGACAGUACUGGGAAAAAACCAAAACAGGCCACACCUUCUUAUGAAUAAUGCAUUAUAUUGAAGAAGCUUUCAUAUUGAUGGACAUGAACUACAUGCGCCAAAAGGUGUUUUUCAAGAUGUGUGUUUACACAGAAGUUUAGCAGUGACAACAAGAUGCUUAGUGCUAAAUAUGCUAAGUGUUUCUCAAAAAUAAAUGCAGCUUAAUAGACUACGAAAAAUUGCUGAAUUAUUUGACAACAUCUCAGUCACUUUGAAUAAAGAAGAAUGCGUCUUCAACCUGGGAUGUAGAACCAGCGUGUUGGCGAUACAUGUGCCUUUGUUUUGAGGACACAAGACAAGGGAGAGCAGAGAGAUUGGAACCACCGUCUCUUCAAUCACAAAUUGUGGAUGCACCAUCGCUGCACAAAAAUCCAAAUUUUACAAAACCUUGCUUUUGUCUGCAGCUUCGCCUUUUGGUUUUGUCUCUCUGACUUUGGAGAAUGUGGCUCCGGAUAGGUCCAUUUUCUGCUGUAGGAAAUACUAAAUUCUGCAAUGUGAGGUCAAGUGUGCAAUCCUUAAGCUGCUGAUCAAACUAAAGCUGGAAACAAUGCCUGAGUUUCUAAAAUGUCAUUAGAAACAUUUUAGGAACACAUACUUCAAUGGAGUUUGAGUGGGUGGUUUUCCUGGUCUUGCUGUAGCUAGCUGUACGUGAAAUUUGGUCUCAUCCAGAUUAACACAUUGCAGGAAGUGACAGUUUCAAUUUCUGUACAGUUCCGUCUACACAACAGUAAAGGCGUGAUGUAUUAGUUUCCAAUGUUGGUCAUAUCUAUAAACUAUUGUACAUAUUUGAUUUUCUUAAUCGAGCUCAAAGCAUUCAACCAAGACGAUGACACGGACAGUGGUUGGCAUAACCAGUGUGUCAUUCUUAUAUCGAAUCCGAAAACCAAGCUACAUGUUAAGCAUAAAUUUAAGUUGAUCUUGAACAAACAAUGAAUUCUUCUUGUGUACAAAACAAUUUGUGAGAAUACAAAAUAAAGUUCAUACCUAACCACUAGGUAAUAAAUAUUUACUGGGUGAAAAAUGGUGGAUUUGGUGAUGUGAAAAAUUGGUUUUGCACCAAAAUUUUUCCAACUUGGCAAGGUGAUGUCCAAGUGACUUGUGCAAAAUGUCUAUGAAAUGGAAAGAAGUGAAAAUGAAUGUUGUUUGCAUCAUCUUGUACUCGCUGAACAAAACAAAAAUCCCUCAAGUGUUUAUAUCCAUCAUAACUGUUCUGGAAAGGCAGAACUUCCUUUGAAGAUGUGUGUAAAUCAAGCUCGGUGCUGGAUGAUUUAAACAUGUCCAUUUUGUCGAGUCAACCCUCAAAAUGGGUGCAAAUGCAGUAUAACAUUCCAUUUGUAGAAAAUAUAAUACGUAAAUUAAAAGUAACACAUUUCAUGGUAAAUAAAAGGCAAAUAAAGUGAAAAGGAUUAGUCCAACUUAGUUUCCUUAAGGUGAAAGAAAUUUCUAAAAAUACCGGGGGAUCUGAUUGGUUUCAAAGUAAUCUGUACACCAACUACAUGGUUACUAUACAAUUAAGUACAAUUUGUAUACAUCAGAAUUGUGUUUUGUUUUUUUCAAUGGCAAUUUAAGUUAAGAACUUGUUGCCAAUUUUUCAGUGUUGAAUGUUUGAAAAUCUGCAACUGAUAUAUUUGGAUGUUCAUAAAAAAAGGGACUUUUUGUUUUAGAAUUAUUUUUCUUGUACACAGUGAUAGAAACUUCUUACACAAUGCAAGAGAUUUACAUGUAUUUUAUAUCUUAUUUAUAGCCUUGUAUAAACGGCUCACAAUUUAUAUCCCAAAAUAUUAUGGCCCUGAAAAUUAUGUAACUUCCUACUUCAAUAUACAGAUUUACCAGCAGAAAGAUUUGUCAGAUGUGCUUGAUCAUAAGUGCAAAGCCAUUAAAUUUGGCACACAUUUUGAGAAGACUCAUUAAAUGUUAAAAGCUGAGAAUGUCGUUUUCUUCUACUUCAGAUGUUUACAGUUUUUAGUUCUAAUUGAAGAGGUUUUAUUUGACCUUUGUACAGUAUAAACUAUGGUAAUUGGUGCUUUUUCAGCCCAGAAAAAUUUAAGUUAUGAGACUAGAAAUGUUUAUUUUUCUAUUCCUGCGUUAGUACAAUUCUUUCAGUAUGAUAUUGUAUUAGCUUAAAAUUGUAAAUAAGAUUUUAUAAUCCGUGAAACAUUUUGCAUCAAUUGCUGAACAAGAUAUAUAACAUGGCUGCUACUCACAUAAAGUGAAGAAAGUGUAGAUUGAGCAUUAAUUUGUAAUACUUUCUGUAGAGUUUGCGUCACUCUUCGAAUGACCCGACUGCAAAUUUGUUUGAAAAGAAACUUCGAGCAAGAAUUACUCUCAGAAAGAAAAUGUGUAAAACACAAAAUGUAUGUCCUGUCUAUUUUACAUUAUAUAUUGUUUAAAGAUGUUUCAUUCGCACUACAUGUAGUGACAAAAAUAUUGGGUUUUUUAAUUUAUGAUUUUGGUUUUCUACGGGCUAUAUUGAAAGUGCAUUCAAUAAAAGUGCCUGACCCAAGUCAUGCAGGUUGAGCUCAGAUACAAA